UCCAGUCGCUCCGGAGACUCCAGGCUUAAGAUAAGUUUUGAUAGUCAGAUUGAGGAUCCUCUUCCUGCCCCGUGCGCGACCACACCAAGAAGCUCAGCAAAAGUCUCGACACGGCACGGAUAGCUUUCUCCCUUCUCUCUUACUUCCACUCUCAGACCUCUAUCAUCUCUCACACUCACUUGAUCGCAUUCAUCAAAACAAAUAUAUCUUGCUAUUCGCUUAGCAGGAUAUUCAUUCAGUCCUUGCACCUAUUUACUCACCUUGCGCCUCACCCUCUCUUCGACUUCACUGUCUAGGAGAUCGAUCGCACCUAGAGCUCGAGCCCUUUCUCCUCCUCGAGCUUACCACUUCAGCCGCAAACUCCACCACUACUCUCCCAUCAGACCUUGUUCUUCACAAACACCCAUCGUCAUGGGCCUUCCACAAGACUUUUCGGCGCCUGCGCCUUCACAGGAGACUGUCUCUCCCCAAUCCAAGCGCCGUCGGUUCGCACCACUCUCCCUUCCUCCCAUCAUUCCAGUCUCGGACAACUCGUCAAUUGAAGACCAUACCUUCGACUCUCCCUUGAUGUUCCAGCUAUGCGAACAAGCUCCUGACCGGGCCGAGAUCGAAGCUCAACUUCUCCAAGUCGGCAUGCGGGUGCGCAAAUCUGUCUCAGAAGGAUAUCAGACUCAACCGAAGAAAUUUACACCUCGUCCAUUCUUUGACAUUCAUCGACUUUCUCCUGCAACACAAGCGGCUCUGACGAACGGUAACCCUCAGUCUGCGAACGAGUUGUCUCCCUAUUCUGCCUCUGAGCUUCAGCCUAUGAGCACGGCCACCUUCUGCGGCGUCAGCUUGUCCUUCCUUUCUCAAUAUGAGGACCCAGCUGUCUCCCAACAACAGCUCUGGUCGUACUCGACCAGCCACAAGCGAGGCUAUGAGGUCGACUCCGAUAGCGACGAGAGCCAAGAUUGGCAACCUCAAACACCCAAUUUGAUUGCAGAAGCUGGAAUGAGCAUGCCGGUGGAUUUUCUGGCGAUUGAUAUGGAAACUAUGAGCGAUGUCAGCCCAAUGACGCAAAUUGGUGAUCGGAAUGGACAACUCAAUGGUCGACGGAUUGCCAUGCCCAGGUCUCGUAAUCGUCAAGUUCAACCCGUGGAAACACAAACGUCUUCUACCUCUGCAUUCAAUCCCUUCGCGGGAUUUGCUGCGCCACAACCCGAGCCCCAAUUCGGCGCUGGUUUCGGUCACAAGAGGAUGGUGAGCUGCGGAAUGGAAGCUAUGGAUUUUGGUGAUGCUCCGUUUUUGCAACGACGAGAGGAUGUCGAGAUGGAUUGCUCUUGAAACGGAAAAGUUUUCGGGUUUUUAUGAUUGUAUUGUAUUAUGCCUCGCAUUGCAUUAUGUUAUGAGCUUUUCCCAUUUAUUCGGAGCUGUUCAAAUCAAAACAGCAACCUGGGAAGGCUCGUGUGGAAUUUGACUGAAGGACGACGAGACAGGCGAGUCUGAGAGAAUCAGCUCAAUAGGUCUUGGGAUAUGGGUUUGUACAUCAUCGCAUUUUGCAUCAAAGGCAGUGGACUCUGUACACUGUGAGACAGAGGACUGAAGAGAGGCCUACAGUUAGGCCGCGGAGUCCCUUGAGACUCCAGGAGAUUGGGAUCAAUGCAGAGUCGGCGCACACUGCAACAUCAUGGAGUUUUGCAUGCUAUACUUAUGCAUCACGGCCGAUUCAUCAACAUGAGGUCGAAUUAGCUAGUUAAUGAAUUCAAAGAAGAAGCAAUAAAUUGGUAGUCCUCCUUGUUCA